AUGAGCUCAAGGGACAUAAUAAAUACCAUAUUCGGUGAUUUCCAAAAAAGUCUUGAUGAAGAACAAGAAAUACGUGAAAAAAUCCGCAAUAUCUGCAAAGAUGUGGACCAAGUAUCAAGGGAAAUCACAACAGUAUUACAAGUGAUACACCAUGAUGAGUCUGCCAUUUCUGCAGCAUGUUUAACAGCUCGUGAGUUAUUUGAAAAGGCAAAUAUUGGCUACAGCAAGUUGAAGGAAGUGGUUCCAUCAGGGGAUUACUAUAAAUACCACGAUCACUGGCGCUACAUGACACAACGUUACUGCUAUCUUAUUUCUCUCACAAUUUGGUUGGAGAAGGGAAUAUUGGCAACCCACGAGACUGUGGCUUCUGUAUUGGGUAUAAGUGCAGAGGAGUUAAAGAAUGGCUUUCAUUUAGACAUUGAUGAUUAUUUAGUGGGACUUCUUAAUCUAUGUACUGAAUUGUCACGGUUGGCUGUGAACUCGGUAACCCGUGGGGACUACAACAAGCCACUACAGAUAUCAAAAUUUGUUAUGGAACUUAAUGCUGGAUUCAGGUUAUUAAAUUUGAAGAAUGAUCACCUGCGCAAGCGCUUCGACGCUCUCAAGUAUGAUGUAAAGAAAAUAGAGGAAGUUGUCUAUGAUCUGAGUAUUAGAGGACUUUUGCCUAAGACUGAAACUGCUUGA